GUAGAAAUUUUAUUUAAUAACCAUGGAGGGUUUAGGGAGGAGUAUUUUGCCGGUACCCGGUAGCGGUUUUUGGAUGAGGCUGACAAAGAUAGUAGGAUUUUUCUCCUACUUUUCUUUCAAUUUUUCCUGUUCUUUUUUUACAAAUGUUUUUCAAAAUUAGUGUAAUUUUUUUUUCUUCUUCUUCUAUGUUGUAAUAUUUUCCAAAUUGGUGUAGUGGUGGUGGAAGAUGGAAUGAGUGAAGAAGUAUAAGGAGGAAAAUAUAUUUUUCACAUAGAAGUAACACUCAAUAUGCCAAGCAAAAAGUGUUAAAAUAAUAUAUCGAGUUUUAUUACACAUAUUUAAAAAUGGUACAAGUAUUAGUUCAGAUAUGGGAGAUAUUAAUCUUAAUCAAUAGUACUACUACUAUAUUUUAAAAAUGGUUAUUUUAGGAAAAAAAAGAAAAAGGCAAUCACACUAAUAUUGGAAAAGCAAAAGAGGUGGGUGUAAGGGAGAGGGAGAAUUAUGGGUUGGGCUAUAGCGUUGCACGGUGGAGCUGGUGACAUACCCAAGGAUAUGCCGCCGGAGCUUCGUGAGCCAAGAGAAGCUUCUCUUCGCUAUUGCUUACAGACGGCCGUCGAUGCUCUCAAGGCCCAAAAAUCCCCUUUGGACGUUGUUGAAAUCGUGGUGCGGGAACUAGAAAAUAACCCAUACUUUAAUGCUGGUAGAGGGUCUGUCCUAACCAGCAAUGGUACAGUAGAAAUGGAAGCAUGUAUCAUGGAUGGGAAUACGAAAAACUGUGGAGCUGUUUCUGGCUUAACCACUGUUGUCAAUGCUAUAUCUCUGGCUAGGCUGGUCAUGGAAAAAACUCCACAUAUAUAUCUUGCAUUUGAGGGAGCCGAGGCAUUUGCGAGGGAGCAGGGGGUUGAAACCACGGACUCAAGCCAUUUUAUCACACCACGAAAUAUCGAGAGACUAAAACAAGCAAAAGAAGCAAACAAAGUCCAGGUUGAUUAUAAUACACGGCCUAUACCAAAAGAUGACAAAACACCAGCUCCAAGUGGAGAUAGCCAGCUAGGAACAGUUGGAUGUGUAGCUGUUGACAGCUUUGGACAUUUAGCUGCUGCUACAUCUACUGGAGGACUAGUAAACAAGAUGGUUGGAAGGAUAGGAGAUACUCCCGUUAUUGGUGCAGGUACGUAUGCAAACAAACUAUGUGCAGUCUCUGCUACAGGCCAAGGUGAAGCUAUAAUCCGUGCCACUGUAGCAAGAGAUGUGGCUGCUCUAAUGGAGUAUAAAGGGCUUUCUCUCAAGGAAGCAGCAGACUACGUUAUAGAGGAAUCUGCGCCAAAAGGAACCACUGGCCUGAUUGCUGUAUCAGCCACUGGAGAAGUUACCAUGCCAUUUAAUACAACUGGAAUGUUCAGAGCUUGUGCAACUGAAGAUGGUCAUACAGAAUUAGCAAUUUGGUAACUAUUCAUUAGAAUAGGUUAGUCUUUGUUGUAUAUUCUUGCUAUUGCAAAUCAUUUAGAGAGUAAAUUUACUAAAAUAUUUUCCUAAUUCCUAUUGUGUAUGGUCUAAAAUUAACUUCUAAUCACACCAAGGAAAUGUGACAGAAUAAAAUGGUUACAAUAAA